AUCGAAGUUCUUGGUGGCUGCAUGAUCUUCGACAAAUAAGCCUUCUUCAGCGGCCAAGGCUCUUGGCGGGACUGUGUAGACAGCUCGGCGCAUCGGCAAGGACGCAACCACGGACGGCCGUUUUGAACAACUGCGCGGGCCGUUCUGCAGUCAGAGUAUCACUCCGAAGCGCGGAGAGCGCACCCCCGACUGUUUGAGAUGUCGACAUGUGCCUCCGGAGGCCUCAUUUAGUGGAAGGGGGGACGCUUGCUCUCUCCACCCUUUUCCUGUAAUUCGCUCAUUCACAUUCCCACCAAGAGCUCGCUUGCACUGGGCUUCCUUGCUUUGUGCCCGAACCGAAGUCUUGUCAGUGCAUAUCUAAGAGGAGAGACAGUCUCAGACUCUCAGGGCACCCCCCCUUCGCAAGAACAUGGACUUUGAAUACGAAACGUUUCAACUGUUCUCUGGAUCGGAAUCGUCGGAUACAGAUACUGAAGAGGAAGGCUCUCAGGUCCUUACCACAGCAUUCGCAAAGAACGGGUAUAUCUCCAUCAUGGAAGUGGAAACCAAGCCUCGCUCCUUCACGAGGAACCUUACAGCCUUUCUCGCGGCCAACCUCGAUGCCAACCACGCAGAAUGGCUUCUUUGGGGGUGCUGCCUCUGUUCAGGACUCGUGGACAGCACCAUCUACAGCGCCUACAGCACGUUCGUGUCCAUGCAGACCGGCAACACCAUCUUUGUUGCCCUCGGUGCAUCCAACCAGAACCCACGCCCGUACGGCUGGGCUCGCUCGUUGACGUCCAUCGGCUGUUUCACCCUUGGCUGUUUUCUGUUCGGCCGACUGAACCGCUGGAUGGGCGGAAAGCGCAGAGGCACCCUCGUCCUCUCGUUCUCCAUCCAGCUUGUGCUGCUCGUCAUCACGGCCACUCUGGUGACGACCGGCGUCAUCGAGUCGAGCCGCCCGACCUCAACCAAUCUUACCGCAGCAGCAGGAGAUGCUGCCGAAACGCAAUGGACCCAGGAAGUCCCAAUCGUGCUCCUGAGCAUCCAGUCCGCGGGCCAGAUUGUGGCCAGCCGGGCGUUGGGCUUCAACGAGAUGCCCACCGUGGUGAUCACGAGUCUUCUGUGCGACCUGGUGGUGGACCCAGAGCUGUUCUUGCCGCGCAACAACAAGAGGGAUCGCCGGGUGGGCGCGUUUGUGUUGACACUGGCGGGAGCCGUUGCCGGCGGUUGGAUGGUCAAGACAACCGGAAACAUUUGGCCGGCACUGUGGCUCGUGACCGGAAUCAAGGCGGCCAUCAUCGUGGCCUGGGUGUUCUGGAGGGAGACGGAGAGCCAGAGAGCUGUCUAACGACGGAGGUCCCUUGAAGUUUCUCGUUACUUUUGCCCACGAUGCUACGAGCAGAUGCAGAUGAUCUUGGCAGUCAGUACACCGGCACGAGGGCUGGAACCUCGUCUUUUCCUUGGCUGUCUUGACGGGUCGACGGACGGGUCUUCCGCAUCUUUUCCGCGUUAAUACUGUAUCUAGCGUUCAUCAAAUACUUUUCAGAUGGAAUAUAC